GGAACACAAAAAUUGAAAUUAAGUGGAAAUGAAGAAGAGGAAGAUUCAUCAUAGCGACGACGAAGAGGACGACACUUUCUACUAUCGCUAUUCCUCCGUCGCGGCACCACCACCUUCGAACCCUAAACACCAACCUUCUUCCUCCGCCAAAUCAUCAGCUCCCGGCGGCGGAUCUGGCGGCUUAGCUCCUUCAAAAUCAACACUCUACGUCUCCAAUCUCGAUUUCUCCCUCACCAAUUCCGACAUCCACACUCUAUUCUCCACUUUCGGCAAGGUCGCGAGAGUCACUGUUCUCAAAGAUCGCCACACUCGCCAAUCUCGUGGCGUCGCGUUCGUGCUCUACGUCUCUCGUGAAGACGCGGCUAAAGCGGCGCGUUCUAUGGACGCCAAGAUUCUUAAUGGUCGGAAACUGACGGUUUCGAUCGCCGCUGAUAAUGGACGUGCGUCGGAGUUUAUUAAGAAGAGAGUUUACAAGGAUAAAUCGAGGUGUUACGAGUGUGGAGACGAAGGGCAUCUUUCGUACGAGUGCCCUAAAAAUCAGUUAGGUCCAAGGGAGAGACCACCGCCGCCGAAGAAAAGGGGGCGGCGGAAGGAGGAGGAAGGUGAGGCUGAGGAAAUUAGUUGGUCUGCGGCGGCGCCUUCGUUGGCUGUGGCGGAGGAGGAAUUUGAGGAGGAGAAUUGGGCUUCGGUGGUGGAUAAUGAAGCUGGAGAGAGGUUGAGAAAAAGAGAAGCAGAGGAAGAAGAAGAGAGGAGGAUGAAGAGAAAGGAGAAGAAAGUUAGCUACUUUAGUGAUGAGAGUGAUGAUGAAGAUUAGCUUCUUAGAUUCAUUUUAUGGUUUGUGAAUACUGAAAGAGAGAGAUUGAUCAAAGUUCAGGAACAAUUACAAUCUUCUGGUUUCGUCUUCGUAUGUGAUCAUGUUUGAUGACUCUGGUUGUUCUGUCUUGAGUGAUAUAGUUCUUGGUUUGAAGAUUACAUUGUUGUUCAUCAAUGCAUUUUAGCUCUUGAUUUUUAUGAGUUCUUAACAGUCCAUUGUAUCUCUGCAACUUAUUGAGUUUAUGUAUAGUAAAAUCAUUUUUUCAGGUA